GUUUGCUUAGCCACAAUAUUUGUACAACCAAGUUUACACAAAAACUGAAUAAUUUGUGGCCAAAUCCAGCAGAGAUUCACAAUUCUCAAUAAAUUUACACAAAAGCGACUUUAUCAGUAAUAUACGAUCAUUGCGACAAACUGUUAUGGUUUAUAAACGGUAGUAGGUGAAAAAUCCAAACAAUUUGCUGUGUUGUGAUGAUAAACACGGGAACCUGAACGAUAACAAUCGGCGACCAUUGUGGUCAGUGCUUGGUGGGUGUAUUGGAACCAUGGCUGGGAGAAAUGAAGAGAGCAUUUUCAAAGGGACUUCCACUCAGCUUUUGGCUGUUGCAGCAGGUACACUAGCAGCAAUCAGUGAUGGCAUGCAAUAUGGUUGGACAGCUCCAGUGAACCCAAUUCUUCUCAGCCCUGAUAGUCCAGUGAAAACAACAUUGCAUGAAGCGGAAUGGCUGGAAACCCUUCUGAUGAUUGGUUCCUGUUCCACCCUAUUAAUCACUAUAUUCCUCGUGGACAGAAUAGGAAGAAAGAAGUCACUGCUGCUGUCUUCAUUCGUCACCCUUGUGUCAUGGAUAGUUAUUGCUGUAGCACCGUCUGUCGAGUACCUGUUAGUCAUAAGGUUCUUCGCAGGAAGUGCAGGAAACACCUGCUUCGUAGCAGCUCCAAUGUACAUAGCUGAGAUAGCAGAUCAGAAGAUCCGAGGUUUCCUAUCUUCCAUUAUCUACUGGAUGAUGCUCCUGGGCAUACUCCUCAUCUACGGUGUCGCACCUUUCGUGCCCAUUUGGGCACAUUGCAUCAUAGGAGGAGGAUUGGUUCUUCUUGAGCUCAUCAUAUUUCCUUUUAUGCCAGAAUCGCCUUAUUAUCUACUGUACAUCAAUAAGCCUGAAGAGGCAGAGCGAUCUUUGAGGUGGUUGAGGCACAAAGACGCCAACAUUGAGAAGGAGAUAGAAGAAAUAAAGUGUGCUGUGGAGAGACAAAAGAAGGAACAAGGGCGACCACAGGACUUGGUCAUGGUUCCAAGCAAUCGUAAAGGAAUCACUAUCAUGGCCAUUUUGAACCUAGCUCAACAUUACAGUGGUAUCAGUGUAAUGCUUAUGAAUCUACAUUCCAUCCUAGAAACUGCAGGCUCUGUGUAUAUGUCUGCCUCCACCACGGGGAUAGUUUUCUCAGUACUAAUGCUAGUAGCAGCUACCACAGUAUCAAUUACUAUUGACAAGUACGGUAGAAAAGUAUUACUCCUGGCUUCUAGUACCUUGACAGGAGUUUGCCAGUUGGUCUUAGCCAUAUACUUCAGCUGUAAAGCUGCUGGUUAUAACUUGGACAGCAUUAGUUGGAUACCAGUUGUCUCGGUUAUGUUUUAUGCCUUGUUUUUCAAAUCUGGUAUGGGUAUGGUGCCCAUAGUCCUUACAGCAGAGCUGUUUCCCACUAAAAUGAAAGCUCUUGGUAUGACAAUUGCCGAUGGCUUCUACGUUAUAGGUGCAAUCACUUCACUGGUAUUGUACCAACAGUUGUCACGUAACGUGGGUAUCCAGUACCCCUUCUACUUUUUCUCAGCAAUAUGCUUCAUGACAGCAGGCUUUUCGCAUUGGUUUAUACCUGAAACUAAAGGGAAGACAUUGGAGGAGAUACAGUUUAUAUUGAAGGGGAACAAACACGGUACUCAAGAUGUUAAAUAUGUCAAAGAGCAGUCGGUGUUACUCAAGGAUAAAAACUGUGAUUUAGAAUAGUAAAGGAGGUUUGAAGAGGAGUUAUAAAACGCGUGAAGAGAUAAAAGUCAUUUGUUCAGGUUUUGAGAGGCUGUUGCUAGAUCUAUUUGGAAAAUAUUUCAUUCAUGUGAAAAACGUCCUACAAAUGUUUUUACAAAACAGUGUAUCCCAUUAUACACUGGAAAUGUAUCUGCUGCAAGUCAUCAAAAUUCCGCCGCUGUGCUGCAUGGAUCCCCUGGAGGUCUCCGUAACCAGUAGCGCAAUUGCCAGUGGCGGGGUAUACAUUUUUAUUGUCUAUAGCCCCGUUUUACAAAACAAAAUGAAAUCGAAAAUCAACAAUUCAAGCUACAAGAUGGUCUACACCUAAGUAAUUGAUUGUAUGCCGCUUGAAGCUGUUUUAGAACUAGGUAUCAACAAACUGCACACACUACACAGCAUUUUAAGUCACAUACUUGACUUGACUAAUAUUUUCUUUUAAACCUAAGUUAAGCCUUUAACUAUGGUAUGACUACAAUUUUACAAUAUGUUGAGCCAACAUUUAUGUAUGUAAAAAUUUUUAGUCAACGCUUGCUUUCCUUUUUGCCCAUAGUGAUGACAUAUGUAAUCAAUUUAUGUGAAAACAAAAUCUAAUAAAGGAGAGAUAGCACAUGUGAAUUUGACCCCUUUCAACGAUUUCCUUUUCAGCGUACUUUUGGUUUAGAUGAAAGCAAGGUUGAUGUUAUAAAAAAAAUUGCUGUUUAAGCCAAAAAUGCCUUGCCACGGUAGCUAUAAUUUAGAGAGCAAAAUGGUAGUGCGAUUCACAAAUCGACUCUGAGUUAGUGGGGCACAAGGGCGCCACUUGUCUUUGAUACAAGUGACAAGUCCAGCCAAGGAAAGCUGUCACCGACAAAGGCGAACUUCAAAUUGUAUGAUCUCAAAUAUAAGUAGCAGUUAGUGAUAACACUUAUGUGGGUGUGUUGUAGGCGGUAGCAAUAAAGCAAGAAAGUAGAUAUUCCUUCUUUAAUUGUUACUGUUGUAUUUCUUCAAAAUCGU